AUGCACCCGCGGCCGCGGAUUCGAUCCAGCCAACACAUCGAGCUUGUCUUCAAUCACCAGUUCUACGAUGUGGCCGAUCGCGAACCACUCCCACUGGGUCCGCUAGCUUCGCUGGGACCCAUCCGCACCGCGCAGAGCCGGCGUCAUUCUCCGUACACUCCUGCACACUCCAGGCCGUCGUCGGCGUCUCCUGCCUCCUCCCGCCAGACAUCGCCUUCUUCCGUCGAGCAGGGUCGCACGAUGUCGCCAGUCGCGCUGCGCGGCCGCGCAUCCAUCUCUGAACUCGACUACGCCGAGGAUUCGGAUGGUAGUGAUGAUGGUCUUUAUCAAGGACGAGCGGUCAGCCGGCAGCCUCGCGUUUCUCUUCGAAUGGAGAACUCCCUCGAUAGCAGCUCCGAUGACUGGCUGGAUCAUGCUGACAACAGCCCGGACGACGACCGCCACGCUGCUCCUGCCGCUGCACUCUCGGCCUAUGAAGAGCACGAGCCGAGCACUCGGACUGCACGAAGGUCGUCCCGAGCGCCUUCCACGGGACGGACCCAUCUUGGCUCGGCAGUUCGGAGCCAUCCUUCUUCGGGAGCGCGAGAUCACGCUUCCACAGCACCAAGGAGCCACCUUACCUCUCGGGGGCGAGACCGCGUGUCCUUCUCCGCACGGGAGCAGGCCUCCAAUGCGCGGCAGCCCGCUCACUCGCGGGCGCGAGAUGGUCCAUCGCGACCGCGAAGCCGAUCUCUGUCCGUUGUGCCGGAUGGCAGCACCAAGAUCCCAAAGCCGCCUGGUGAACCUGGAAGACCCAAUAGCGGUGGUUAUAAUCUUGAAGAGAAGCUUGGUUGGCCGCGGAAAAAGUAUCGUGAAGUGCUGCGCAAUAUGAACCGCCUUGUCGAGAUGCAUCUCCAAUGCGACAGAUCUGUUACUAGGCAGCUGCCCGCGCGUUACGCUGUUUACGAGGCCGAGGCUUUGGCGCAGUACCCGGAGAUGGAGGAACGUUUUGAAGGUGGAUGGCCCGUUCGUGCUUUUGCAAUCAGCCAUCUGCACUACAUCCAGAACAACUCAAGACGCAUCACCCACAGCCAGCGAUCUGCAUCAACUUGA